AAUGAAUGAGCACGGGGUCGAAACCGGUGAAGGUUAGCCGAACAAGUCAACAACUCACAGACAACUCGGAUUUUUUUUCUUAACCGAUUGUCAAAGAAAAACGAUAAAAAUUAUAUUUAAAACGUUCCGACAAGCUCCACGAAAAGAUGAAGAGGAAGGGAAGAACGGAUCUCAACGGAUUUGAAGAAUGGGGAGGGUAUAUGGAAGCAAAAAAGAACAAGCUUAUCGAACAGUUCAAUAUCGAUGGCCAAAAAUCAGGACUUAAACAGGAUGAUUUAUUUAAGGAUAUUUCUAUCUUUGUCAAUGGUUACACAGAACCUAGCAGUGAUGAGCUAAGGCUACUGAUGAUGAAGCAUGGCGGUACCUAUCACCAUUAUUAUCAAUCUGGUAAAACAACACACGUUAUUGCGUCCAAUCUACCAGACAGUAAAAUUAAACAAAUGAACCAGUUAAAAGUGGUGAAACCAACGUGGAUAACAGACAGUAUAAAAGCGGGAUAUAUUUUGAAAUAUCAGGAUUAUCUUUUACUCACUAAUCAAUCUAAAACACAGCCCACUCUGACUUUCUGCACCAAUGGCAAACAGCCAGAUGAUACAAAAUCAACGAACAUAAAAUGUACAACCGAUGAACACUUCCUCGAGGAAUUUUAUAGUAAAUCGAGACUACAUCAUAUUUCAUCAUUGGGGUCUAUGCUUAAAGAGCAUAUCUUAAAGCUUAGACUGAAAAAACCUUACACAUUUCCCGGUCGGGAGGAGUUGACAGAAAAAGCCAAAGACUUAACAAUGAAUGAUCAUGAUUGCAUUGAGAAGAAUGUAAUCAUGCACAUUGAUAUGGACUGUUUUUUUGUUUCUGUUGGGAUUCGUAACAGGCCGGAAUUAAAAGGAAAACCAGUUGCAGUAACACAUUCCAAAGGGAACUGCCCCAAGCCAAGAGAAGGCAUCAAUCCUAUGCAGGAAGUUGAAGCUUACAGGCAAAAGAAAGGGCUAUCUGUCCAAAGUGAUCAUUGGGUAAACCAGCUGAAAGAGCACGAUUCAAUGGCAGAAAUAGCUUCUUGUAGCUACGAAGCGAGACAAGCUGGAAUAAAGAAUGGCAUGUUUGUAGGCGAAGCUCUUAAACUCUGCCCAAAUCUUAAUUUUAUUAGUUACAAUUUUGAUGAGUACAAAGAGGUCUCAUAUAUUCUUUACAACACCGUAACAAGAUACUCUUUGGAUAUUGAAGCAGUAAGUUGUGAUGAGAUGUAUGCUGAUUGUUCAGAGUUACUGGAUGCAACAGGCCUUACUCCUAUGCAGUUUGCAACAGUUCUAAGGACAGAAAUAAAGGAGAAAACAGGUUGUCCAUGUUCUGUAGGAUUUGGUGAAAAUAAAUUGUUAGCAAGAUUAGCAACAAAGAAGGCAAAACCCGAUGGCCAAUUUCAUCUAACAAGUGAUCACGUUGAAUCCUAUCUAUCAGAUAUAGCGGUUUCUGAUCUACCAGGCGUUGGAAGAACUACAUCUUUUAAGCUGAGGGAAAAUGGUGUACUUACUUGUGGAGAUUUACGCAAUAUUUCCUUAUUCCAGUUACAAAAGGAAUUUGGCAAUAAGCAAGGAGAAACCCUUUAUAAUGCAUGUCGAGGAAAAGUGGAUAAGGGUUUGGUAUUUGAUCAUGUGAGGAAGUCAGUAUCGGCCGAUGUCAAUUAUGGAAUAAGAUUUACAGAUGAUCAAGAAAGGGAUAUCUUUCUAAGAAAUUUAUCUCAAGAAGUUUCCAAUCGGCUUGAAGCAGUUAUGAUGAAAGGACGUAGUAUUACUCUCAAACUAAUGGUGAAAUCAAAAGAAGCUCCUGAAGAAACUGCUAAAUAUCUCGGCCAUGGUGUUUGUGACACAGUUACAAAAGGGACAAGCCUAUCAAUCGCUAUAUACGAUAAAGAAGCAAUCUAUAGGGAAGUUCAAAAGAUUAUAAAACCACUUAAAAUAAACUCAAAAGAUCUUAGAGGUAUUGGGAUUAAAAUCUCAUCAUUAGAACCAGUAAAAAAUGAGGCAAAUAAUAUAAUGAGGUUUUUCAAUUCAAAAAGCACUACAAAAAAUAAGGUAUGCUUAACAAAGGACAAUUCUUCAGCAGAAACUAUUCCGAAGGAUAUUGACACACAAGAAAAUAUUUUAAAAGAUUCGGAUCUACAAAUCGAAGAUAAGAAAAACUGUAAUAAUCAAACUAAAAAUAAUAUUUGUUCAGGACAAAACAGAACUAACAAGAAAGAUUUAACAAAAAGUGGGGUUAGCAGUUUUGUUUCACCUACUGAAAUAAGGGUACUGCUCCAGCAGUGGGUGAACUCAGAAAAGAAACCGAAACAAAAAGACAAACUGAUGAUAAUUGAAUAUUUUCAGCAGCUUGUGAAUAACAGGAGGUUCGAAGAGUUACAUGUACUGCUCAAAUCUUUUCACAGGUGCAUCUCGAGGUCUGAAAAUUUUAAAGAUACAUGGAUAUCCGUGUUCACUGAUGUAUUGGACAGCGUGCAAACUGCAAUGGUUUAUAUCCAUAAAAGCAGGUUGAAAAUAAAUUGUUCUUUACUCAAAUGUACAUCUCUUCCGGACUGAUUUUGAAAGCGUGUGAUUUUACUUUAAUAUCAAUUAAAUAUUACAAUUUAAUUUUUUUAAACUUUAAACACCAAAAGUCAGUAAGUUAAGAUUAAAAAAAAAAAAAAAUCGACAUUGGUAGUACCUGAAAAAUGUGAUUCUAUUGUUAAUAAAAUAAUAAUUAUAUUGUUAAUCAAUAUUAAAGUGAUAUUAAUUUAACUGUAUUAUUAAUACGGAUUUUGGUCAGCUUAACCCCGUUGUGUUGGCCUGUCAGAUCCUUUUUGGCAUUUCCCUAUCUUCAGUGUUUGAUGAAAUGCUGAAAUUUGUCUGACCGACGAACACAGCAAAGAAAAGUAGACCAAAAUGAUUAAAUGACCAAAUAAAAGUUAAAAGACCACUUUCUGAAGAAAGGACUAUUUGUCACAUCAUCAUUUAUUUCAAAUACUUAUUAUAUUUGAAAAUGUGUGAUGUUCAAUGGCUGUGAUAAUGAUUAAAAAUAUUUUGAUUGAAUUA